AUGGUCCGCCUCGCCACUCUUGUCCUCUCUUUGGCUUAUUCUGCCUUAGCCUCUCCCUUUGUCAAGCCAUCCGAUUCGUCUUUGUCUGAUGUCAGUGACGUUGGAUCUGCCAUUCAUGAGAGGGCCAUCUCCAAGGCCAUCACUAAGCCCGCCUUUGUCUGCGACCUGACUUGCAAGGCCUGUUUAGCCAAACCUGCCCCAAAGAAAGGUAACGGCGCGGGCAAAGGCAAGACCACUGAUAAGGGCAAAGGUAAAGGCAAGGGCAAAGGCAAGUCUAUUCCGCGCUCUCUGGCACUGGGAAAGAGGUCUUUGGAUGAUAUCGAGGACCUUUGGGGGACCGAUGCAUCAGCGGCAAACGAAUAUGUCAUGGAGCAGAUUGACAGUGUCGCGGCAAAGGACGACGAGUUGGACUGGAACCUUAUCCAGCAUGACGCUGUCUCAGGCCAAGGAUCCUGGGGUGAAAAGCCCUUGCGAAAGUACAUUCGGGGCCUCAUGGGCUGCACUGGCAUCGUCCUCGUCUCUGACAAGGGCUACUGGUUUGCUCAUUUUAUGGAAACUGGUUUCCUCGACCGCGGCGACAACUGGAAGACCAAGAUCAUCAAGCCUCUCCAGCAGGGUACCAACAAGUUCAUCACCCCUCGAUCAUUGGCCAAAUCCGGCGGCAUUCUGAACAAGGCAAACAACGUCAAGAUCUAUGUCUCAACUCCCCGUACCAAGACGUCCACCGAGCAAAACCCAGUCCUCCUGUACAAGGCCAAGGUCGAUGAGCUUUUAUCUCAUAUCAUUGGACGAGGCGAGCCUCUGAACGGUGUUCAGGUCAUCACCCGCGGUUAUCUCAAGCCCGAGAGUGAGGCAGAGGUUGAAGCGUUCCACAACAGAGCCAAUGGAAAGGUCCUUAUCGAGUACGACAACAACCAGCUGGAUGUCAACGGAAACCAACCCAACCCUAAGGAGCGCAUGUACCGUGUCUGGCUUGAGCACAAGUACUACGAGCACAGAUUCCGCUAG